AUGUCGAAUCAACUGGAUGUUAAUAGUAACAUAACUGUAUUGUCGACGUCCACAUCGACUUCAGAUGAUUCAUCAUCGUUCUGGUUGAUAUUUCGUCUAAAACUUAUGUUCCUAAUUCCGUUUAUACUCGCAUGUAUUAUAUUAUUUUUACUGGUACUCUCUUUGUUGAAACAUCUGAUUGACUAUUGUCGAAAGUCUCGUCGAAAAUUAACAAUUACUGAUUGUACAAUUCAAGAUGAAAAAUAA